GCAGACAGGGCUAUCUCUCAUCUCAACACGGGACAGAUUGACGGGAAUGUGAUCAGGGUGGAGCAUCAGGAAGAACGGAAGAGAAGGCUGGAGCGUGCUCCUGCAAUGCCUGUGCGUCCCGUGCGCCGGCCAGCUCCUGUGGCUCAGGCCCAGGCUACGGCUGUGCUAACAGGUCGGCUUGAGAAGGAUAAGGAGCGCGAGCGUGGCGAACGUGGCGAACGUGGCGAGCGUGAGCGUGGCGAUCGUGAUCGGCGUGAAACCCGAAGGGAGGAGAAGAGUGGGCGGGACCGCGACCGGGACCGCGACCGGGACCGUGACCGUGAUCGAGAUCGGGACAGGAGAGAUCGCGACCGCGAACGUGAGAAGGAACGUGCUAAGGAGAAGGAGAAGGAAAAGGAGCGUGAAAAGGAAAGAGAACGCGAAAAGGCUAAGGCCAAAGCCAGGGUGGAAGAAUCCGAUUCAGAUGAGGACUCUGAGGAGGAAUCCAUUCCUAAGGCAAAGGCGAAGAAGCCAGCGCCGAAGAAAGCUGAACCUAAAAAGGACGAAAAGAAAGAAAAGAAGGAGGAGAAGGAAGAGAAGAAGGCGCCUGCGAAGGCCAAGAGGAAGGAGACCAAGGAAAAGGAGGUGGAAGAAAAAAAGAAGCCAGCCGCCACUAAGAAGAAAAAGGAGGCUGAACCAGAGAAGGAGAAGGCGAAGGUAAAGAAGGUCGUAGAGAAGACGAAGACAAAAGAGAAGAAGGAAGAAGCCAAGGACGACAAGGCGAAGCCAAAGGCCCCGAAGGCCAAGGAAAAGGAGGAAAAGGCCGAAAAAGCCGAGAAGAAGGUGGAAAAGCCAAAAGCAACCAAGAAGGAGGAGCCUGCGAAGGCUGAAAAGGCAAAGAAGACUGACAAGGCAAAAGCUCAGGCCGGUGAGGCUGCCAAGAAGGCUGUCAAGGCAACCAUUUCCAAGGACAAGAAGCCCGCAGCCAAAGAGAAAGAGCCAAAGGCUAAGGCAAAAGGAGCAGGUAAACCAAAGACAACAAAGAAGAAGUCAAGUGAGAGCGAAUCCUCUAGCAGCAGCGGCUCCGGGUCUGGCAGCUCGGAGUCUUCCUGA